AGCAUGGAACCACCGGUUACUCUGAAUGUGACAUUUAAAAGUGAAACUCAGAGCUUUCUGGUUUCUGAUCCAGAAAAUACAACUUGGGCAGAUGUAGAAGCUAUGGUAAAAGUUUCAUUUGAUCUGAACACUAUUCAAAUAAAGUACCUGGAUGAGGAAAAUGAAGAGGUAUCCAUCAACAGUCAAGGGGAAUAUGAAGAAGCCCUUAAGAUGGCAGUUAAGCAGGGAAACCAACUGCAGAUGGAAGUCCAUGAAGGCUGUUACAUUAUGGAUAAAGGCCCAACCCCAGUUGUAUCAGAAAAACAACUAGCUUCCAGGGCAGGCAAGAAGCCACUUGCGCAUUAUUCUUCCCUGGUGAGAAUCUUGGGUUCAGACAAGAGGCCCACAGUGGAGAGUGCUGCACAGCAGUUUCCACUUGCUCCAUGUGAUGCAGACCAGCCUCAAGACAAGCCCCCAGACUGGUUCACAAACUACUUGGAGACAUUCAGAGAGCAAGUGGUUAAAGAAACAGUUGAGAAGCUUGAACAGAAAUUACACGAGAAGCUUGUACUCCAAAGCCCAUCCUUGGGUUCCUGUCCCUCAGAAGUCUCAAUGCCUAUUUCAGAUGAAACACUGUUUUUGCCAGAAAACCAGUUCAACUGGCAUAUUGCUUGCAGCAGCUGCCAAAGAAGAAUCCUUGGUGUGCGCUACCAGUGCAGCCUGUGCCCAUCCUAUAAUAUAUGUGAAGAUUGUGAGGCAGGGCCAUAUGCCCAUGACACUAACCACAUCCUGCUGAAAUUGCGGAGACCUGUUGUAGGACCCUCUGAACCAUUGUGUCACUCAAAGUUCUCCACUCCUCGUCUACCUGCCGCUUUGGAACAAGUCAGGCUCCAGAAACAGGUUGACAAGAACUUCCUUAAAGCAGAAAAGCAAAGGUUGCGAGCGGAGAAGAAACAGCGUAAGGCAGAGGUCAAGGAACUUAAAAAGCAGCUGAAACUCCACAGGAAGAUCCAUCUGUGGAAUUCUAUCCAUGGACUUCAGAGCCCCAAGUCUCCUUUGGGCCGACCCGAGAGUUUGCUGCAGUCUAACACCCUGAUGCUCCCUUUGCAGCCCUGUGCUCCAGUUAUGCCAACCCUCAGUGCGGCGUUUGUGGAUGAGAACUUGCCUGAUGGGACCCACCUUCAACCAGGAACCCAGUUUAUCAAACAUUGGAGGAUGAAGAAUACAGGAAAUGUAAAAUGGAGCGCAGACACAAAGCUCAAGUUCAUGUGGGGAAACCUGACUUUGGCUUCUACAGAAAAGAAGGAUGUUUUGGUUCCCGGCCUGAAAGCUGGCCAUGUGGGAGUUGUGUCUGUGGAGUUCAUUGCCCCAACCUUGGAGGGAACGUACACUUCCCAUUGGCGUCUUUCUCAUAAGGGCCAGCAGUUUGGGCCUCGAGUCUGGUGCAGUAUCAUAGUGGAUCCUUUCCCCUCCACCGAGAGCCCUGGUCACAAUGAAAAGGGCCUGAUCAGCUCAAGCGAAACAAAUGAUCUCAACUGCCAGCGAGAGGAAACUUUUCUUCUGGCCAAAGAAGCAAUCCAGCUAGGUGGAGUGACUGAGCAGACAGAAGGAACAGGAACAUGCAUCCCUCAGAAGAUAAACAAGGUUGCCAGUGAGAGGGAACUCUACAUCCCAUCUGUGGACCUUCUGACAGCCCAGGACCUGUUAUCCUUUGAGCUGUUGGAUAUAAACAUUGUCCAAGAGUUGGAGAGAGUGCCCCACAACACCCCCGUGGAUAUGACUCCCUGCAUGUCUCCUCUGCCACAUGACAGCCCUUUAAUAGAGAAGCCAGGCUUGGGGCAGAUACAGGAAGAGAGUGAAGGGGCGGGAUUUAAAGCACUUCCUGAUUCCACAGCAUCCUGGAAGAGUAAGGUGGAGAACACUCCUGCAGUGGAGGAAGCAGAAGACGACCUGAGCGGGACGCAGUUUGUGUGUGAGACUGUGAUCCGAUCCCUUACUUUGGAUGCUGCUCCUGAUCACAACCCACCUUGCCGACAGAAGUCCCUGCAGAGGAGAUCUGCCGUAUCUGAAGGAGAGGGACCACUUGGUGAUGAGAGAGAGGAGAUUGUCCAUGUCGCAGAAGAAGAAUGUGUUGAGGAGGAAGAGGAGCUCAAAGACGAAGUGCAGAGUCAGUCUUCUGCUUCUUCAGAGGAUUACAUCAUCAUCCUGCCUGAGUGCUUUGAUACCAGCCGCCCAUUAGGGGACUCCAUGUACAGCUCUGCCCUCUCUCAGCCCGGCCUGGAGCGAGGGGCUGAAGGCGAGCCCGCAGUUGAGGCUGGACAGGAACCAGCUGAAGCUGGCGAGAGACUCCCUGGAGGGGACAACCCACCACAGGGGCAGAGCAUCAAUGACAUCCUUAUGACCUCACAGACUCUGGAAGCUGUGCCCCUAAUACCAGAGGUGGUGGGGCCUCCAUCUCCACUGUCCAGGAGCCCUCCUUGUGUACAGCAGCAUGGUUCCCCAGGAGUGGAUUUACCAGUUACCAGGCCAGAAGUUUCUUCAGUCCCUGAUCAGAUCAGAGGAGAGCCCAGAGGCUCAUCAGGACUUGUAAACAGCAGACAGAAGAGCUAUGACCACUCAAGGCACCACCCAGGGAACAGCAUUGCAGGAGGACUAGUGAAAGGGGCUUUGUCUGUUGCUGCCUCUGCAUACAAGGUCCUGUUUGCUGGCCCACCAGUCACUGCACAGCCAGUAGUUUCAGAAGACCAAACAGCAGCUUUGAUGGACCGCCUCUUUGAAAUGGGAUUCUGCGACAGACAGCUGAACCUUAGGCUGCUGAAGAAACAUAAUUACAACAUCCUGCAGGUUGUGACAGAUCUCCUUCAGGUCAACAACAAUGAGUGGUACAGCCACCGCUACUGA